GCGGCCUGCGCGCCGCCUGCCCCCCUGCCCGGCCGGGCCGGCAGCCCCCGCUGACGCCGCACCGGAACGGAACGGAGGACGAGCCGCCGCCGGCGCCGAGGCGCUGCGGCCGCCAGGGAGCCGGGCCGGGGCCGGGGCCGGGCUGCGUUCCCGUCAGGCGCGGCGCGGGCAGCCCGCGGCGGGGCCUUCCGGCCGCAGCUAAGCGGCGCGCGGGGGCGGCGCCUGCCCCUUUCGCUCCGCGCCGCCGUGAGGGAAGCAUGGGGAAGUGCCGAGGGCUCCGCACCGCCCGGAAGCUGCGCAGCCACCGCCGCGACCAGAAGUGGCACGACAAGCAGUACAAGAAGGCGCAUCUGGGCACGGCGCUGAAGGCCAACCCCUUCGGCGGCGCUUCCCACGCCAAGGGCAUCGUCCUGGAGAAAGUUGGAGUAGAAGCUAAACAGCCCAACUCUGCCAUCCGAAAAUGUGUUAGAGUCCAGCUGAUUAAGAACGGCAAAAAAAUAACAGCUUUUGUUCCCAACGAUGGUUGCCUGAACUUCAUUGAGGAAAACGAUGAAGUUCUGGUUGCUGGUUUUGGUCGGAAGGGUCAUGCUGUUGGUGACAUUCCUGGAGUUCGCUUCAAGGUUGUCAAAGUAGCCAAUGUCUCUCUGUUGGCCUUGUACAAGGGCAAGAAGGAGAGACCAAGAUCAUAAAUUUAGAUGGAAUUAGCCGAGAAUGUCAAUAAAUUUCUUGACUGGAAAAACUUU